AUGUCAUCAAGAAAUUCUGGAUCGUCUUUCCUAAUCAGUAAUUUCGCUAGUAUUUUCGUCUUAUUAUUCUGGGUGAUAGCCCGGACAGUAGCAUUUGUACCUUAUUGCCCUUGUGUUCUAUUCAAUUCCACCGGUGAUUUUUACUCUCCAAACUACCCAGACUAUAUAUCGAACUUAUCAUGUGUAUUCUAUCAUUUCCAAGCUCCGCCAGAUCAUAUCGUUCAAUUAGCUUUUCACAAUUUUCAACUACCAAUUCGGAGAGGAAGCACAUGUUCCAGCAGUGUGAAGUUUUUCGACCAUUCCCUUGAUGGCUUAGUUGAUGUGAACGAACGGCCAGACUUUGAAUUCUGCGAAAGAGAAAUCGCUCCAGGACGGAUAUUCUACUCGAGAUACAACCAUUUUUUGAUACAAGUUCAACAUGCAGCUGAUACGUCGAAAGGCUUUGUAGGAGAUUAUAGGUUCAUAAGUAGAGCAAACUAUUCGACAGAUGCUGCUGAACUUUCAGAAUACAGCUAUCGUGUAGAGAAACUGGAGGGUACCCUUUACUCACUGGAUUACCCAUACUUUUAUCCAUCUUUCCUUAAUUGCACAUACAUCCUACCUCAAAAAAAAGGAUAUCUGACUAUAAUUUCUUCGUCGUUAAUCGAUCUAGGAAACGAUGCCCAAAUCGACAUAUUCGAAUCUUCUACUAAAGGGAAGAAUAAAUUACAAACCUUAACAUCAGACUCACACAACCUUUAUGCUUCAUCAACAUCAACGCUACUCAUAUAUUUCAAAGCGGGGGAAAAUAAAUGGAAUCGUGGCCGAGGGCUAGUAAUUGAAUUCGUUUACGAGAAGACAGAAAAUUGGUCGAAGCAGCUGGCUGCUGACGAGUCUAUUCAAAGUGUUGCUGAAUGUAUGAUCUCGAUUACCUCAGAAUCAGAAAAAGUUGGCAUUUUCUCUUCAAAACAGAUAACUCAUAAAGCGAACACAAAUUUGCCAACUAAGUGCAGGAUAGUUCUUCAAGGUUUUCCCAACGAGAGAAUUUCUGUAAAAUUCACUCACUUCAGGCUUUAUGUCCCCGAUAACUUGAACGUUACGAAAAGAUGUGGCGACGUUGAUAACUUGACGGCUGAUGUCCGCGUUGGCACAAGAUUGUCUCGGAUUGAAGAGUGGUGCGGGGAGACUAUGCCUCCUCAACUCAUGAGUAGCAGCCAUCUUAUGCAACUAGAAUACACAACCAAAUCUUCUCGAGUGAUAAGAGAGUCGUCCAAAAUAGAUUACGGAUUUGCUUUGGAAUACAAAUUUCAUUCUGGUUGGAAUAUGGAGCAUAUGCAAGCAAAAAUUGACAAAACCAAAGCAUGUCGCUUUGUUUUCAAUUCUUCAAUUGUUUCGAGUGGAAAACUAUGGUCUGUUAAUUAUCCUGGCUAUUAUCCGAGGAAUAUGUAUUGUGAGUAUAUCUUUCAUGGCACUGAAGAUGAGAUAGUUCAUAUACAUUUCGAAUACUUCGAUAUUGAAGGCUUCAAUCAAUGUGAUGAGACUACACAAAGUGAUUUCGUUCUAUUCAGUAAUUAUCAAACCCAUGAUCGAACGAAUCGAAGGUUUUGCGGAAAAACUGCUCCCAGGGGUCCCAUUCUAUCGGAGUCAAAUUAUUUUCGAAUGAUAUUUUACUCCAAUGACAUCUUCGAUGCGACCGGAUUCUAUGCUCAUUAUCAGUUUAUGACUCAACAGAAGCCGGAAAUCAGCAGAGUCAAACUGACCACAUCGAACUCUUCAUGUUAUUUCUUGAACGGUUUUGUGAUAUUUCUAACACUUCUGUGUAGUUCAAGGUGUUGGUAA